UGAACGUUUCUAGUCCGUUCAAUCGUGGAAGUGCUCGGGCAUUUAUUUGUGCAGAAAUCCAACAAUUCCAAGUUUAGCUAUGCAGUUGAAUUUCGUGAAAGACAGGUUUUAUAGUAUCCCAGCUUAAGCUUGAUUUCUAUAUAUGUUACCGCAGGAAAAUAAGUUGAAUCUUGAGGGGAAAUAGACCUUUCUGGAGUUCAGGCUCAUGUAAUUAAGGGAAGCAUAGCAUAGGAAAUCCCACAACAUGCAUUAUUGGAAAAGGCAUUACAAAAUGACGUGUUACAAGAAGAAUCUCGAAUAAAUCAUAGGCGGAGGAGAGCAUGAUCAAAAUACGUUCAGUGGUAAUGGCGAUUUUAGCACUGCUCAUCGUCACCCCUUACUUACAAAUGAAAUACACCGAACAUAUCGUUAUCCUACAAGAGGAUGUGAACCACACGCACAACGCCCUGUACCGAAAUUGGAGAAAUCUCACCCUAAAAGAGAAGAACAGCUUGUCGAAACUAGGGCGAAUAUUAUUUCUCCAAGAACCACUGCCGGAAACUCCCAAUCGUUCCACGCCAUACACUAUUUUAGUAUGGAAACAUGGCAAAAGCCUGGAAAUGAGGCACAUCAACCAGUACACAAAGCAAAGGUUAAACCCAUUCCAGUCGUGUUCGGUAAACAAGUGCAGAAUAACUUACAAAGACGAUGAUUUGCCCAUAGCUGACUUGGUGCUCUUCCACAUGCAUCGAAUUAAAAAUCUCCACGAUUUACCUCACAACAAGCGAGUACAAAAACAGAUCUGGGCUUUCCUAACAGAUGAAAGUCCUUACCACACAUUUCUCUAUUCCAAAGACAACCGCAUCACAGACUACGAUGGCGUGUUUAAUUGGUCCAUGAGUUACAGAAUGCACUCGGACAUCCCCGUGCCCUACGGACGCACCCUCUCGAAGAACACACCCGUUAACAUCUGGAACUACGAGACUUGGCAGCAAUCCAAAAACCAGACCGUUCUCGUCGCCUUGAUGGCCUCAAAUUGUGGCGGCCAGAGUGGUCGCUGGGAGUACGUCCGCGAAUUGCAGAAGCACAUGCAGAUCGACGUGUACGGCGAUUGCGGUAAUUUGAAGUGCGCCGGACACUACGAUCUCGACUGUCCGAAGCUUUCCAAGUACAAAUUUUACCUCUCGUUCGAGAACUCCAACUGCGACGAGUACAUUACCGAAAAGGUGUGGUGGAACGCCUACCAAAAGAAUGCAAUACCGAUAGUGAUGGGAGGCUCGAAAGAGAGUUACAAGAAGAUUUUGCCUCCCGACUCUUACAUACACGUAAACGAUUUCGCAACACCACGCAGCCUCGCCGACUACAUCAGAUAUUUAAACGACACAGCGAGUGAGCUGAAAAUUUAUUUUCAGUGGAAGAAAUCUUUUUCGGUUUUAAACGAACACGGCUAUUUUCAGUCGGCCUCCGUUCAUUACUGCAGGAUAUGCGAAGCGCUCCAUUAUAAUAGUAAAGACGUAAAAGUUUACACAAGUUUAGAAUCAUUUCUAGACAAGGGACGUUGUCAACCCAAGUGGUCUGCUGUGGUAGAUGGUGGAGGGUAACGUGUGAAAAUUUAAAAAAAUGAUGUAGCGUAUGUUUAUCCUAACCAUCCCCUGUCAUCCAUUAGUUCCAUCCGCAACCCAGAAUCGGGUGAGCAUUAGUUCGGGGCCCGUUGUUAGCUAUGGUAAUAUAGUUUUUAUUUUCUGUUUUUUUCCCUUUUCCUUUCGCAUUGUUCUUUCAUCUGAUGUAGAAUUUUUUUAUAUAUUGCUCCCAAUUUCUUAUCGGUUUCAUCAUUACCAACCGUUCCCCAUCCCAUUCGAAACAUCUGAACAGAGUGUACUCGGGAGUGUCCUCUUUGCAAUUGCAAUACCAGCACAAAGGCUUUCGUUCCUUUUCUAUCCUGUGUAGGGGUGACGAAUAGCAACCGUGUCUGGGCAGUAUCUGCCAGAGGUAGAAGUUUAUUUCUUUGCCUUUCCUUUCUGCCCAUUCCUUGAUCUCGGGAAUCAAACGCCAUGUCCAUCCACCUUUUUCUGUCUUCUGCCACCUCUCCCAGAUUUCGUUUAUUCUUGGUCUGUAUUUUCUGUCGGAUCCACACCUUCGUAGAGGCGUCACCUCUCCUCAGCUACAAGAUCUCCAGGAAUGCUGCCGGCCAUUACGUGAAGCAUCGCUCGUUGACCUGUACCCGUUCAAUAUCCAAAGACGUACUCUCGUUGUACUGCCAGGAGCUUUUGUCUGAACGAUGCCAAGACCAUACUGGAACGCCAUACACGACAGUGCUCUGUGCUCAUGGUUGGGCUUCACAUAAAACUUUUUGGUCCUUUCAGAUUGGGCAUUACCCGUGCAAGCACUGCCGCAACUUUUUCAGCUUUUAUCAAAGCUGCCUCUAGGUAUCGAAAAAACCACCUUUUUUAUCCAGUAGUAUUCCUAGUUAUUUAGCACUAUCGGCUGGUUUGAUCUCGUGGUCUCCCAUUCGCAUGAUUAUGUCGCCCGCGCUAAGAAAACCGCAUCUGUGUUGUGAGCUGCUAGUUUAAGCCCUACUCUACUCAAUCCACCCACAUGUGCACAUUUUUUAAAGCGCUUUCCGGGAUUUCAUGCACAGCUUGAGUCAUUUUCUCGACUAUAAUCAGAGCCAAGUCGUCGGCAAAUGCAACUGCGCGUGCACCUAUUGGCAUUUAUAGUUGCAGGACCGGGUUAUAUACAAAUGUUCCACAGGGCGGGGUCAAGCACCGAUCCCUGCGAAAUCCGCACGUAAUCUUCAGUUCCCCCUCCUGCCCUGUUGUAGAGAACUGUGUGAAAAGUAACUUUUGACCAUUUGUUCCAGGUAUGUGGGGGUUCCCAUGUUCCAAACUUAUCUACGAUUCGAUCCCAUUUUGCAGAGUUGAGUGCCGUCCGCAGCAGAAGUAUUUCUGUCCUCACGAUCCCGAAUGUGCCCACUGCUCCAUCUUUAAGACUUCCUUCACAGCAUCCAGAGUGGAUCUCUCCUCCCUAAAACCGAACUGAUUUUUCGAUAGGUGUUUCAAAAUUCUUACCCUUAUCAAGUGUUCAUACAAGACGUUAGGAAAAACGGAUACAAUAUCAAUGGGAAUAAGGUGCAGUACCUCGUAGUCUACCACCCAUAUCCGCUGCCAGACACCGAAAAGAAAAUUUUACGAAGUAUCGUCAAUGAUUUGUGGGAAAAUGGAAUGAUUAUUAGAUUAUUAAGAUUAUAGAAAAUUAGACGCUGUCACUAUAAAAAAUAAAUACCCACUUCCACUUGUCGACGAUUAAAUAAAUCGUCUAGGUGGAAACAAUUUUAUACUA